AUGCUCGGGCCUUUGCAGGAAAUUUGGGAUAGCUACCGAACCGGACAUAAGCGAGGGAUUCCUGGUCUUGCCCUUGACCUCGCCCUCGACAAGACUCUUGGUGGUCAAGUCUUCCUCCACCUCCCUGGGAUUUACCUAGGCAUCCUAUACCGAACAAAAAGGGCGGCGUCUCUUCAAUUGAAAGCGCUUCAGGGUUUGCAGAAUAAGCCUGACCCGUCCUUCGGCGAGGAGGAGAACGUCGAUAUGGAGAAACUGUGUGAUAUCAACUCAAAAAUCAUGGAAGAUUACGCCUUGCUGAGCCAUCUCAAUGGCCAGAGGGUGCCAUCAAAAUACGACAUCUCCCGCGUUGAGAGGCUGACUCAGUUCUAUUCUGAUGACUCCGACUACAAGACUCCGUUCCAGGGUCGGCGGGAUUUGCACAGGGCGCUGAACAAAGGGGACUUCGUCUUGGACGUGGUCAAGUGGAUGUUUAACCACCGCGUGCGGCAUCUUCUCGUGAGUUUCCCAGUCCGUGCUGUUCAGGGUAUCGUGUCCUAG